AUGGGUGAGGCGGCAUCCCUGGCGGUCCAGAAGAUGAUCGCGUUGCUGGAGGAGAUCGCUGCCAUCUGCCACUUCCGCAACGCCUUCAGGAAACAGUUCUAUAACCUCUCCCGGCGGAUCAAGCUGCUUGCCCCCAUGCUCGAGGAGCUUAAGGAGCGCUCAAGUUUGGUGUCGAGGGAAACUGCAGCCGCUCUUAUUUUCCUCCGAGAAGCGCUGGAAUCAGCCAAGGAUCUCCUCAUUCUGGGAAGUGAGGGGAGUAGGAUAUGCAUGGUACAAUCCCUUGAUCCUGUCCCCUCGAUUAAGUGACUCCCCUUAAUCUCUGUUUCCCAUGUUGCGCGCGCCUUUGAUUCUGGAAGUUGAGCGGUACGCCCAUUUUAUACGAGAUCAAUGCAGGGAGUGCAUAAUUUUUACAUCAAAUGACGUCGGUAUCGAUGCUUUGAAAACUAAAUAAGGAAUCGGAUCGAUUAGGUUACAUAUUUGAGCGUAAAACUCGGCCCAGAUUUUUUGAACUGAAAGGUCAUUAUUCACUUCUUCUUUUUCGCGACCAUUUGGUAUGAUCUGGCAUUGGGUUUGACUUCUUAUGUGUUUUUCUUCUUAUUUAUAUUGGAAUAGUUUAUUUUUGCUAAAUACUUAUCGAUCCUCUGGUUUGAUUGAGCGAGGAAUUUCAAUUUUUGAUUGGACCGACAGAAAACCGUUGCUUGAGCAUAUUCUUUUUGUCUAUGGAAACAUAUAAAUUAGGAAUUCAUCAUGGUUCAGUGUUGCCACGACCAUUUUGAUAUCUAAAUCAGCUCACUGUUGCGUCUGGAGGAAAGCUUCUCCUGAAUUUCUUUAUCUAUGAACUGCAUCUUGAAGGGGUUCUGAAGAGAGGAAACACCGAAUGAAUUGUCUAGGCCUAUCAUGGAGUUGACUCCAGGGUCAGGCGGAUUAGUCUUCGUUGAUUAGUAUCUGCACAAAAACUGGAUUAUCCAGGGAAAUUGACGAAUGUUUUUAGGAUGGCCGUUCCUUUUGUACGUCGGCUUGGUACUUCUGGAAUAGACAGUCGAAUUAUUUGAGUCUCACUUCUCUAUUCUAUUUUUCAAAUGAUCUUGUUAACCAUGUUGUAGUAGAUGAGCAGCUAUACUGAAUUCACCUAUAUUAUAAGGAACUGUGUUUUUUCUAACUUUUAAACUAUGAUAAUAUGAGGUAAAUGAGGAUGCAUUACUGACCUGUGACUAAUGUUGAAGUACACUCGUCAUCAUUUUCUCAGUUGAAUGAAAGGAGAAUUUGCGUUUGGGACUCUAUAAUCAGUAGAAAAUAUUCAGAACGACAUCAGGGUUUGGCUAACAAGGGGUUUCAACGUAAUUUCAUGUAUCUGUGGGAUCAUUUGCAGCAUAGGAGGAAAGAAACUCGGGGAUCUAAUACUCUAGUAAACAUUUGGAGAUUGUGGUGAAAAUCGAUGCGUAACUUUGAAGUUGACACCACCAUAUCUUCCAUUAAUUUAGGAAUCCAAAAUCGGAUAAGGCAUUGAGUGCGUUAUCUUUCAAUUCAGUCUGAUUUACGACGGUGGCUAAACUCUGGUAUAAUGUACUUUGUUGUAUAUUUUUUCCCACCUGAAUUUCAAAAACUAAUUUGACUAGGAGAACAAGUCAAAGUCCGAAAUGGGAAACUGACGAUUUAAAUUGUUUACAGUUAUUCUGUAGGGAGGCCAUCUCACAGGUCAACGCAAGUUGGUAUACGUUAUAACCCUCAUUCGAUCAUAUAUAUGUUCAAUACUUGCAGGUCCUUGAGCGGGAUACGGUCAUGAAAAGGUUUCAGGGAAUAACGGCCCAGCUGGACCAGUCUCUUGGUGCGAUUCCGUUCGAGAAGCUCGACCUACCAGAUGAAGUUCAAGAACAGGUACGCCCAUCGUUCUCUAAUCAGAGUAGGAAUGUUGUAAAACCUUGACAUGCAGAUAAGAUAAUCAUGCAGUGUUGACUUUUAUCGUAAUGAUUCUCAGGUUGAGCUCGUCCGAAGUCAGUUUAGAAGAGCGAAGGAGCGGGUCGACGCCCUCGAUGAUGAUCUGUACAACGAUCUUGUGUAUUCUUACAACAAACAUGGUGAAAUCGACCCGCCCAUCCUUCGGCGGCUGGCGGAUGAUCUACAGCUGAUGACGAUCUCCGACCUCAAGCAGGAGUCCCUGGCUUUGCAUGAGAUGGUCCUUGCCAGCGGUGGGCGAGAUCCUGGGGAGAGCAUAGAGAAAACCUCGAUGCUAUUAAAGAAGAUCAAGGACUUCGUCCAGACACAAGAUCCCGAAAUGGGCUCUCCCACCGGCCGCAGAGAUCUAAUUUCCGACGCGAAGCCACAGUUGACUGCCAUGCCUGACGACUUCCGGUGCCCCAUAUCUCUGGAGCUCAUGCAAGAGCCGGUCAUCGUGGCGACAGGACAGGUCAAACUCUCAGGUCAACCUUCUCGGCUUCUGUUUCAAGUCAACACUCUUCUGACCCUGGAUAGUUGGCGAUUCGCAGACUUAUGACCGGGGAUUCAUCGAGCAGUGGCUGGCGGCGGGGCAUGACACUUGCCCGAAGACGCAGCAGACGCUCUCCAGCAGGUCCCUCACUCCAAACUAUGUCCUCCGCAGCCUGAUCGCUCAGUGGUGCGAGGAAAAUGGCGUUGAUCCGCCGAAGCCGCCGGCCAAGUUUGCUUCCUCCUCCGGCGAGCGCCAGAAAAUAGAGGAGCUCGUUCGCAAGCUCUCUUCCAACAACCCCCAGGACCAGCUGGCCGCCGCCGCCGAGCUUCGCUUACUGGCCAAGCACAACGCCGGCAACCGCCUGAGCAUCGCCGAAACCGGCGCUAUCCCCCUCCUCGUCGGCUUGCUGCCCUCGCCGGACCCCACGACACAGGAGCACGCCGUCACGGCGCUGCUGAACCUGUCCAUCUGCGAGGAGAACAAGGCGGUGAUCGUCUCAUGCAGGGCCGUACCGGGCAUCGUCUUCGUGCUGAAGACGGGCACCAUGGCGGCGAGGGAGAACGCCGCCGCGGCGCUGUUCAGCCUCUCCGUCGUGAACGAGAACAAGGUCACCAUCGGCGCCUGGGGGGCCAUCCCGGCGCUCGUCUCCCUGCUGGCCGACGGCGGCCGGAGAGGGAAGAAGGACGCCGCCACGGCGCUGUUCAGCCUCUGCAUCUUCCAGGGAAACAAGGGCAAGGCCGUGAGAGCCGGCGCGGUCCCCGUGCUGCUGGCCGCUCUGGCGGAGCCCGCCGGCGCGAUGAUGGACGAGGCCAUGGCUGUACUGACCGUCCUUGCGAGCCACCCCGAAGGGAAGGCCGCCAUCGGAGCUGCCAACGUCGUUCCUCUGUUUGUGGACAUCAUCGGGAGCGGCUCGCCGAGGAACAGGGAGAACGCGGCGGCGAUUCUCGUCAAGCUCUGCCGCGGGGAGCACCAGUUCCAGAAUGUCGCGACGGCGAUGGACUGCGGCGUUGUGAACCUGCUGCGGGAGCUGGCGCUGAACGGCACGGACAGAGGGAAGAGGAAGGCCGCCGAGCUGCUCGACCGGCUCAACAGGUUGACCGAGUCUCAGGCGGAAGCAGCACCGGACCAAGGUCAGCUCCAAGUCCAGCUUCCGGCUUCCUAA